UCUGUCGGCAAACCCUCCCCCGCUGCACGCAUCGGCACGGGCUUCCUCUCGCUCCGCCGCCGCCGCCGCCGCCGCCGCCAUGAAGCGAUCCUUCGACGCCAUGGAGGCGAAGCCGGUGUUCCUCUCCAAGGAGGAGCGCCAGCGCCUCGCGCUCGAGCGCCGCCAGGCGGCCGUCGCCGACCAGCGCCGCUCCGCGCUCGACGUCCUCCAGUCGCUCCCCCGCCCCCCUCCGCCGCCUCCCCCGUCCAGCGCCCCCCGGGACUCCUCCUCCUCGUCCCACCGCGACCCCUCCGACCGGGACAGGAGCGACAGGGACCGGGACCGGGACAGGGACCGCGACCGCCGCCGCGACGACGACUCCCGCCGGGACCGAGAUCGGGAUCGCGACCGGGACCGCGACCGCGACCGCGACGAGCCCUCCCGCCGGGACCGGGACCGGGACCGCGACCGGGACCGGGAGCACCGGGACAGGGAGCGCGGGGAGCGGGACAAGGACCGGGAGAAGGACCGGCUGGAGAAGAUGGCGGAGCGGGAGCGGGAGAAGGAGCUCGAGGCCAUCAAGGAGCAGUACCUGGGGUCCAAGAAGCCCAAGAAGCGGGUCAUCAAGCCGUCGGAGAAGUUCCGCUUCUCCUUCGACUGGGAGAACACGGAGGACACCAGCCGCGACAUGAACAUGCUCUACCAGGCGCCGCACGAGGCCCGCCUGCUCUACGGCCGUGGCUUCCUCGCCGGCAUCGACCGGCGCGAGCAGAAGAAGGCGGCCGCCGUGUUUGAGAAGGAGACACGCGCCGAGCAGCGCCGCAAGUUCGGCGUGGAGGACCGGCCCGAGGAUGAUGUGGCUGAUAAGAAGAAGGCCGCGGCCGCGGAGAUGUAUGAUGCCUUUGACAUGCGUGUGGACAGGCACUGGUCCGAGAAGGGCAUCGAGGAGAUGACCGAGCGGGAUUGGCGUAUUUUCCGUGAGGACUUCAAUAUCUCCUACAAGGGAUCUCGCAUACCCCGGCCGAUGCGCAACUGGCCCGAGAGCAAGCUUGGGACUGAGCUGCUUCGUGCUAUUGAGAAGGUUGGGUACAAGAAACCGUCACCCAUCCAGAUGGCCGCCAUUCCGCUUGGUCUCCAGCAGCGUGAUGUCAUUGGUAUUGCUGAGACAGGUUCAGGCAAGACUGCAGCUUUUGUGCUUCCUAUGCUGUCGUACAUUACUCGCCUGCCGCCUAUAAGCGAGGACAAUGAGGCCGAGGGUCCUUAUGCUGUUGUCAUGGCACCUACUCGUGAGCUUGCUCAACAGAUUGAGGAAGAGACGGUCAAGUUUGCAACCUAUCUAGGCAUUAAAGUCGUUUCCAUUGUUGGUGGUCAGUCGAUUGAGGAGCAAGGUUUCAAGAUUAGGCAGGGCUGCGAAGUUGUAAUUGCAACGCCUGGUCGGCUUCUUGAUUGUCUGGAGAGAAGGUAUGCUGUGCUCAACCAGUGCAACUAUGUUGUACUUGACGAGGCUGAUAGGAUGAUUGAUAUGGGAUUUGAACCACAGGUUGUUGGUGUCCUUGAUGCGAUGCCAUCAAGUAACCUGAAACCUGAGAAUGAGGAAGAGGAACUGGAUGAGAAGAGGAUUUACAGGACAACUUAUAUGUUCAGUGCCACCAUGCCACCUGCUGUUGAGCGCCUUGCUAGGAAGUACCUCCGGAACCCAGUUGUCGUCACAAUUGGUACAGCUGGCAAGGCCACAGAUUUGAUAACCCAAAACGUGAUCAUGGUGAAGGAGUCAGAGAAGAUGUCACGGCUCCAGAAGAUACUCACAGAUCUCGGGGACAAGACAGCCAUUGUAUUCUGCAACACAAAGAAAUCAGCGGACAACCGUGCUAAGGAUCUGGACAAGGCAGGUUUCCGCGUCACAGCACUGCAUGGAGGGAAGUCACAAGAUCAGAGGGAGAUUAGCCUUGAUGGAUUUAGGAACCGCAGGUUCAAUGUUCUUGUGGCGACUGAUGUUGCAGGGCGUGGUAUUGAUAUUCCUGAUGUCGCUCAUGUUAUUAACUAUGAGAUGCCUAGUUCAGUUGAUACAUACACACAUCGCAUCGGAAGAACAGGGCGUGCAGGAAAGAAGGGACUCGCGACUUCAUUCUUAACUCUGGAUAACACUGAUAUUUUCUUCGAUCUGAAACAGAUGCUUACUCAGAGCAAUAGUCCCGUCCCUCCAGAACUUGCCAGGCAUGAGGCGUCAAAGUUUAAGCCAGGAUCGGUUCCUGAUAGACCUCCAAGAAGAAAUGACACCGUCUAUGCAUCUCACUGAAGCAAUCUGCUGCAGAAGAAGCAGAGAUCCUUCUUGGGUACAAUUCAGGGCAACUUCUACUGUGUCGAGAUUAGUACUUACGAGAGGGCAAAUGCUCAAUCUUGAUCUUCAUUGUGGAGAUUUAUGUGGUUCUUUCAACAUUAGUCUCAAGAGCAAUUGCUCGAGCAUCCAAUCAUCAAAUUCUGGGCAUGAAUAAACUGCUGAGGGUGUGUGUUCUGCUGUGGAUCAUUAUGGAGGACCGAAUCAUCAAAUGUCUAGCGUAGGUAGGGAUAUCAGAUGUGUGUGGUGUUUUAGAUAGUUAUAGUUAUAUAUGAAUCUAAGUCAGAACAUGUGUGUGGUGUUUUAGAUAGUUAUAGUUAUAUAUGAAUCUAAGUCAUGUUCUGACGAUGCAACCUUGUAUUGUUUCAGACCUGGCUUGAUUUUUUCAUGUUGUUUCAAACCACCUGGCUUCUUGUUCCGUGUUCCAAACGUAGAGUUACGAACUUAAGAUACAUCCUGUACCCUUGUGUUGUUUGUUAUGCGUUUCAUUCAAA